AUGAUGACCUGCCGAGGCGAGUUUGAGUCCCUCAAGUCAAUCUACUCAGUGUGCAAAAAUGUCCCAGAACCGCUUGCAUGGGGCCUGUACACCGAAGACAACAUUGAAUACUCUUUUCUUCUCGUUGAAUUCUUGGUCAUCCAGAAGCAGCCUGCUGAUGCAAAAGGCCUGGCCAGUGCCCUGGCUGACCUGCACUUCAAGUCUGAAUCCCCAACUGGCAAGUUUGGGUUCCAUGUGGCCACAUGUCAUACCCUCAAUAUUCAGGCUGUCAAUAUUUGGACUAAUUCAUGGUGCGAACUAUUCUCCAGCCAUCUUUCACGCAUCCUCUCCCAUGCUAAGGUCGGGUUUAUGUGGCCAGAGUUCGAUCGGCUGGGGGAACUAGUUCUUUCCAAUGUAGUCCCUGCCCUACUUUUACCACUGCAGGCGGAUGGACGCUCAAUCAAACCCUGUCUUGUCCAUGGGGACUGCUGGGAUGGAAAUACCGCGACCGGAGAAGACGGUCAAGCUUUCUUUUUUGACGUUGCGUCUUUCUAUGCACACAAUGAAUAUGACCUGGGGGAUUGGAGGGCACCUAGGCAUGUGCUUAGUGACCCAGUCUAUACAGAUGCUUAUAAAGCACUCAUUCCCGUAUCUGAGCCAGGUGAGUGCCUAGAAAAGUUUCCACCACAAUGA